GCAAAACCACAGCCAGCCCUGGGAGCCCCGAUAGCGCCAAUUGCUCCGCCCCAGGGAAACGUGAAGCAGAAGAAAAAAAAAACCCUCAGUAAUCUCUCCAGCCAGAGGGGCUUCGGCUCUCGGGGGAAUUUGCAGACGCUCCCUGCCGGUGGGGACAGAACGACCUGUGUCCUUCAGUCCGGUCCUGCAGCCCAGCCAGCUGCGGUGGGUGCACCGGGGCGGGAAGGACGCGCGUGGAAGCCAGCCGAGGCGGCCGCGGAGCAGAGCGGGCUGCAGGGUCGGUGGGGACCAUGUCCGAGCCACCCUCGCGCGGGCCCGAUCGCGACCUUUUCCGCGACACGUGGGUGCGAUACCUGGGUUAUGCCAAUGAAGUGGGGGAGGCUUUCCGCUCCCUAGUGCCUGCAGCUGUGGUAUGGCUGAGUUAUGGGGUGUCCAGUUCCUAUGUGCUGGCCGAUGCCAUUGACAAGGGCAAGAAGGCGGGAGAGGUACCAAGCGCUGAAGCAGGCCGUAGUACCAGGGUGACUGUGGCUGUUGUGGACACACUGGUGUGGCAGGCUCUGGCCUCUGUGGCCCUUCCCGGAUUCACGAUCAACCGUGUAUGUGCUGCCUCUCUCUACCUCCUGGGCAUUGCCACCCGCUGGCCCCUGCCAGUCCGUAAGUGGACCACCACGACACUAGGGUUACUGACCAUCCCCAUCAUCAUCCACCCCAUUGACAGGUCCGUGGACUUCCUCCUGGACUCCAGCCUGCGCAAACUCUACCCCGCAACAGACAAGCCCAGCUCUUCCUGACCCCUCUAGUUCCUCAUCUGUGGGUUGACUCACCUCUUCUCUGUUUUAUCAUCUUCCUCCCUCCGGCGGAUGCAGUUUGUGGCCCUGGCCCCCGAGUGGUUCUUGCUGGUCGGACACUGAGAGACAAAGAAAGGCUUUGUGGUGGCAGCAAAUGCAGCACAUCAGGGGUGAGGUGGGACCUGAGCCCCAUCUGCUUCCAUGGACUCCAUGAUACUGAGUGGGAGGGGAUAAUGGGUGGGAGAGUAACAGCUUCCUGUGUUCAGCUUCCUGUGUUUGAUAAGGAGAUGGGGGUUCAGGGAAGGCAAAGCUACUUGGAGUGUUGGGCUUGCUGAAAGAGCUGCAGGCACUUGGAGAAAUACAGGAGUUAAGGAACUGGCCCAUGAGAACUGAUUCUGUGCCCAGCCCUCAGGCUGGGAACUGGCUGUAACACCUGACAGCCCGGGGCAGCCACUGGUCACCCUCUUCCCAAUAAAUCCUCAAGAAGUUG